GUGGCGCCGCCAUGUUGUUUUGCUUCGUUGUCAGCAGCAGAGGAGGAGCAGAGAAGAGAGGAGCAGCAGAGAAGAGCAGAGAGGAGCAGAGGAGGAGCACAUAGGAGAGGAGAGCAGAGAGGAGCAGAGAAGCAGAGCAGAGAGGAGCAGCAGAGAGGAGCAGAGGAGGAGCACAGAGGAGAGCAGAGAGGAGCAGCAGAGAGGAGCAGAGGAGGAGCACAUAGGAGCAGAGGAGAGGAGAGCAGAGAGGAGCAGAGAAGCAGAGCAGGGAGGAGCAGCAGAGAGGAGAGCAGAGAGGAGCAGAGAGGAGAGCAGAGAGGAGCAGAGAAGCAGAGCAGAGAGGAGCAGCAGAGAGGAGCAGAGAGGAGAGCAGAGAGGAGCAGAGAGGAGAGCAGAGAGGAGCAGAGAAGCAGAGCAGAGAGGAGAGCAGAGAGGAGCAGAGAAGCAGAGCAGAGAGGAGCGGAGGAGCAGCAGAGAGGAGCACAGGAGCAGAGAGGAGCACAGGAGCAGAGAGUGGCUGCUUUACCUCCACACGGGGACUCACCUGUGUGUCUCACCUGCUAGUGGAGCUGCUGUCCCUUACCAGCUGUUUAAUAUCACUUUUACCUGACAGUGUGUGUGACCCCUCCCGUCUUCCUGCGUUGCCAUGGCGACCUUCCCAGAGUACAUCACCCAGAACGAGGAACGUGACGGUGUGCGGUUCAGCUGGAACGUUUGGCCGUCCAGCCGGCUGGAGGCGACCCGGAUGGUGGUCCCGGUGUCGGCUCUGUUCACCCCCCUGAGAGAACGGCCCGACCUGCCGCCAAUCCAGUACGAACCGGUCCUCUGCAGCCGCGCAACCUGCCGCGCCGUACUCAACCCGCUGUGUCAGGUUGACUACAGAGCCAAACUCUGGGCCUGUAACUUCUGCUACCAGAGGAACCAGUUUCCUCCAUCUUACGCUGGAAUCUCUGAGGUGAACCAACCGGCUGAGCUGCUGCCGCAGUUCUCAACCAUUGAGUAUGUGGUCCAGCGGGGUCCUCAGAUGCCGCUGGUCUUCCUGUACGUGGUGGACACCUGUAUGGAGGACGAGGACCUGCAGGCCCUGAAGGAGUCUCUCCAGAUGUCCCUGUCUCUCCUCCCCCCCACCGCGCUGGUGGGCCUCAUCACCUUCGGCCGCAUGGUUCAGGUCCACGAGCUCGGCUGUGAGGGGAUCUCCAAGAGCUACGUCUUCAGGGGGACCAAGGACCUAAACGCCAAGCAGCUACAGGAGAUGCUGGGUCUGACCAAACCUUCAGCCACUCAGGGACGAGGACCUCAACCAGCCCCACAGCCUCUGUCCAACAGGUUCCUGCAGCCGGUGCAGAAGAUCGACAUGAACCUGACGGACCUGCUGGGGGAGCUGCAGCGGGACCCGUGGCCCGUCACUCAGGGAAAGAGGCCUCUGCGCUCGCUGGGCGUGGCCAUGUCCAUCGCCGUAGGCCUGCUGGAGUGCACCUUCCCCAACACCGGAGCCCGGGUCAUGACCUUCAUCGGCGGCCCGGCAACGCAGGGCCCAGGCAUGGUGGUGGGAGACGAGCUGAAGACCCCCAUCAGGUCCUGGCACGACCUGGAGAAGGACAACGCCAAGUUCAUGAAGAAAGCCACCAAGCACUAUGAGUCUCUUGCUAACAGAGCGUCCACUAACGGUCACAUCAUCGAUAUCUACGCCUGUGCUCUGGAUCAGACCGGCCUGCUGGAGAUGAAGUGCUGCUCCAACUACACCGGAGGAUACAUGGUGAUGGCCGACUCCUUCAACACGUCUCUGUUCAAACAAACCUUCCAGAGGGUUUUCACCAAAGACGUCCAGGGGUCCUUCAAGAUGGCCUUCGCCGCCACGCUGGAGGUCAAGACAUCCAGAGAGAUCAAAGUCUCUGGAGCCAUUGGUCCCUGUGUGUCUCUGAACGCCAAAGGACCCUGUGUCUCUGAGAACGAGAUCGGAACAGGAGGAACGAGUCAAUGGAAGGUCUGUGGUUUGGAUCCGAGCACCACACUGGCUCUUUACUUCGAGGUGGUGAACCAGCACAACGCUCCGAUCCCUCAGGGAGGACGAGGAGCGAUCCAGUUCGUCACUCAGUACCAACACUCCUCAGGACAGAGACGCAUCCGGGUCACCACCACGGCCAGGAACUGGGCAGACGCACAGACACAGAUUCAGAGCAUCGCGGCGUCCUUCGACCAAGAGGCGGCGGCCAUCUUGAUGGCGAGGUUGUCGGUGUACCGUGCCGAAACGGAGGAAGGUCCAGAUGUCCUCAGGUGGCUGGACAGACAACUCAUCAGACUGUGUCAGAAGUUUGGAGAUUAUCACAAAGAUGAUCCGAACUCCUUCAGGUUCUCUGAGACCUUCUCCCUCUACCCUCAGUUCAUGUUCCACCUGCGGCGCUCUCCGUUCCUUCAAGUGUUCAACAACAGUCCAGAUGAGAGUUCGUACUACAGACACCAGUUCAACAGACAGGACCUGACUCAGGCUCUCAUCAUGAUCCAACCGGUGCUCUACGCGUACUCCUUCAACGGACCCCCCGAGCCGGUUCUGUUGGACAGCAGCAGCAUCCUGCCGGACCGGAUCCUCCUGAUGGAUACCUUCUUCCAGAUCCUCAUCUACCAUGGAGAGACUGUAGCUCAGUGGAGGAAGGCUGGUUAUCAGGAAAUGCCUGAGUAUGAGAACUUCAGACACCUCCUUCAGGCUCCGGUGGACGAUGCUCAAGAGCUGCUGCACACUCGCUUCCCGAUGCCCCGAUACAUCGAUACGGAGCACGGAGGCAGCCAGGCUCGCUUCUUGCUCUCCAAAGUGAACCCGUCCCAGACCCACAACAACAUGUACGCUUGGGGACAGGAGUCUGGAGCUCCCAUCCUGACGGAUGACGUCAGUCUGCAGGUGUUCAUGGAUCACCUGAAGAAGCUGGCCGUCUCCAGCGCCGCCUAACCUCACCGGCUGCCUCACCUGCUGCCUCACCCCCCUCUGUGUUUAGUGUUUAUUAUUAUUAUGAGUUCCCAUGACAACCAGUCGACCAACACACAAGCCAGCAGAGCCCGCCCCCCUCCUGCUCUCAGCCAAUCAGCAGCAGGUCCAGACGUUCAUACGUAGUUUAAACUUCCAGUGUUCUGUAGCUGCUUCACAAUAAAAGCCAAAAUGUGAUUUUCCUAUACAAAGCUUUUAUUGUGAAGCAGCAGCAGGAAGUGCAGACUUUUAAAAGCUGAUGUAACAUUUUCCUUCAGAUUUGACUCCCUGAUGGAAACCAGAAGCUGACUGGAGAAACAAAGCUGUAGGAAACACACUAUAUUUAUAUUUAAGACAUGGGAAUCAAACACACGACCUCGGAGCCGUUUGCUCUGUUUCAUGUGGCUGUGGCUCAAAUAUCAGAAGGUUUCAGUGUUUGAUGUCAGAAAAUAUGAAAUGUAAUAGUUGAACAUGAUUUUCAUAGCGUGUCUGUCCUUUCUGAUCAUAUCUCAUGUUGACUCAUGUGACAUCAUCGUCUGAUGGGAAGUCAUUCAUAAAGAUCACAGUAGUUAUGUAUUGACUAGUUAUUGACUAGUAUUGAUCAGCAGAGAACGUGAACACAUUUCAGAAACAUUUCCACCGUAAUGUUUGUUCAUCAAAUGAAUCUCUUUUACAGUGAAAUGCUUUAUCUGUGGACGACUCCAGGUUGUUGUUGAGUUUCUGUUUGAAUCUGUUGAACACUAAAGUCGUGCAGAGAGAAGACGACUUUAUGUUUUCAUUGACUUCUGUCUCGACUGUUUGUAUUCUCAUGUUUCUAAUAAAACUCUGCUGUGGACA